UCGGUAUCCCUGAACUUGAGACGGAACCAUAUUGGUGGCGCGAGUCACCCACACACCUGCGCUGCUGCAGCUACGACCGUAUAGUACCCCACAUCGACUUGCUUCUAGUCCUCCUCAUGAACGUUCACAAACGGUAGAAACCUUACACCCACAUUCGAACCAUAGCCUGCACCAUGUCCGACGACGGAGUCCUGUCUAGUGUCAUCUCGAUAGCUUGCAUCGCUUGCCUCGAUGUUAUGGCGGGUGUCUUGACUGACCUCGCUAGUGUUCGACAUGCGUGCACAGAGCAUCUAUGUCAAUGUGCUUGCAAGUGUGGCAGGCAUUCGGACCGUCUCCAAGCAGAUGAAUCCUCUCCGUUCGCACCGGAUGAGUGCGAGCCGCUGAUCGCUGCGUCGGGCCAGCGCACAGAGCCAAGUCCCCAGCCGAGUAUGCAGGUGCCAGGAAAGAGCUAGCAAUUGUGACACCAAGCAGCGCGUUGCCUGGGAUCUGGAGUGCAUGCUACGGACCAGUGGACAUGGAAUUCUGAUCAUUUGUACUUUCGCUUUGCGUCGCUUUCCCGCAUCCCAGUUACUGCACAGGCCGGCUACUGUCGCAUUCGCAUAUCCUCGUCAUCGUGUAGUAUAUCUGAUAUUAAUUCCUUUUGUUCUAGAGGACAAGUAACCUAAUCAGCGAGACCACUCAAGCCCAAAGCGAAACCACGACCGACGAGUACUAAUGUACAUAGAAAGGACAGGUGG